AUGGAGGCCCGUGAGAAGUGGGAGGAUGAGGUACGGCAGUUUUUGAGCACUUUCACAGACAUAAAUAGAGGACCAUUAACAAGUGAUCAUGCUCUUCCAUUCCGGCUUGUCACAUACUCUCUUACAGAACAUGAAGUUGAAGGUGAGACCCUGGACUGGGUGCUGCAAUACCUCGAAAAAUACAAUGCACCUCAAUCGCUGGCAUUUGCUAUUGCCAGGAAAACUGCUGAUGCAAUCUUAUCAUCUAACUUAAAUAGAUAUAUUCAACAACCAGAUGAUGAAGAAGACAUACCAGUGAUCAAUGCUGAGAGGUUUGCAAGAGUGGUGUUCAGUAAAGUACAUGAAAUAUGUGAGAAAUGGAAUGAUAAUCCUCCGAGAUUAGAGUAUCCUGGAAUGUCACAUGUAGUCUCUUCAUAUGCCAUCAAGAAUACGCGGCGGAAGAUGGAAGACAAGCACAUUAUAAUUCCAAAUUUAGAUUAUCUUUUCUCAACAAAAAAACCAUGUAAACCAUCAUACUAUGCUGUAUUUGAUGGCCAUGGUGGUGUAGAUGCUUCACAUUAUGCUGCAGCACAUCUACACUGUCAUCUAGUACACCACAAAGGUUUUCAAAAUGAUGAUGUUGAAACAGCACUCAAGGAAGCUUUUAAGAAAACAGAUCACAUGUUUGUUGAAAGAGCAACCAGAGAGCGAUUACGAAGUGGAUCAACAGCAGUCAAUGUUGUGAUAAUGAAUGAUGUGUUACAUCUGGCAUGGUUGGGAGAUUCACAAGCGUUAUUGAUGAGGAAUGGACAACCAGUGGAGAUAAUGCAACCACAUAAACCAGAGAGAGAGGAUGAGAGAAAAAGAAUAGAAGACUUAGGUGGAUGUGUUGUUUGGUUUGGAGCAUGGAGAGUCAAUGGUACUCUAUCAGUGUCCAGAGCUAUAGGUGAUGCUGAUCACAAACCUUAUGUAUGUGGAGAUGCUGACACGACAUCUGUCCAACUACAAGGUGACGAAGAAUGUGUAAUACUGGCGUGUGAUGGCUUAUGGGAUACUAUGUCACCGCAAAAAGUAUGCUCCACAAUUCAGACAUAUAUCAAUACUGGCAGUGAUCUGACUACGGUAGCAUGUAAACUGGUUACCAUGGCGAAAGAAGGAGGUUCCAGUGAUAACAUCAGUGUCAUUGUAGUAUUCUUACAUCCUCAUCAUGAGAAGAGUAGCGAUAAUAAACAAAAAAACGUGAAAGUUGCUGCUGAUGCAGAGAAAGAUGAGGAGAAGGAGAAUAUAAAGCAAUGUGGAGGAGAUAAGAGAACUGAUCGAUCAACUGAAACGCAAUCAUCUGAGAAGCAUGAAUUGUCAAAGGAGCAAAUUACACUAGGAGUUAAUAACUUACACAUCGGAGACAGUAUGAAGUUUAUCUCAAGCCCAAAACUGAAAACUAGACAUUCUGAAAUGAGUUCCCACGGAAGAAAUACUUCAUCAUUCUCUGAGGAGGAAAUCUCAUCUCCAAGAGACAUGUCUGUCAAGGUGACUCGGAAAAGUAAAUCAAAGAGAACAGUUUCAAGUAAAUUAGCCCGACGCAGAUCUGGAAGUGGAAGCGGGCCUUUAUUUACAGCCACUUCUGCUACGAAAACAACCAUGAAUUCUACCGGGUUUGCCAAAACUAAUUCUUUACCAAGCACACUGAAAGUUCGGAAAAGUCCGCCUAAAACAGGCAGAACGAGGUCUACUUCAUCUUCAUCUUCAAAAGAGUCUUCUUCUUCAGGAAAACGGAGGCAGUCAACCUCUUAA